ACUCUCGCCAAAGACGAGGCACUAGCCGAAAAUGAUGAGGACAAAGCGGAGAUGUUGGCAUCACAUUAUGCCUCAAUGUACACCCGAGACAAGGGCACAUUAGCACAUUUACCGGGCACUGAGACUGCCAUGAACUGGACUCCAUUCAUCAUCGGAGAAGUGGCCCUGGAGCUGCAUCGGUUAAAGGUUCACCAGUUACCUGGACCUGAUGGUGUGCAUCCGCUUAUUCUGAGGGAGUUGGCGGAUGAACUUGCAUUGCUACUGUACAAACUGUUCAAUUUGUUAUUCACAUAA